AUGACGGACGACCAUUUCACGGAGAACGGAUACGCGGAGGAAGAAGAAGAAGCACAUGGAGAAGGUGCGCACGAAAAUGGUGAUCCAUAUGCACCUCCGGUGGUUGAGGAAGCCGAAGUGAAAUUUACCGUGAUCGGGCAAGAGACAUUCCAAAAGAGCAAACCCAUCAGACACGAGCUCUCCUGGUUGAAAACUGCGAAAAAGUUUCAAAGUUCGUUGGCCCCAGAUAAUCUGGCACCUCUGGAGACCAUCAAAAAUCUUCCCGAAAAGCUAGCUCAGGUCUGCGCGAAGUUGUUGCCUAGCUGGUUUCCGGUGCAGGCAAUAGUGCUGCCAAAUCUCCUGGAUGAGCUGCGGAUGCCAUCAUUGUCAAGACCAAGUGAUGUUGCGAUCGCAGCACCAACGGGAAGUGGGAAAACGCUAUGCUAUGUCCUUCCCUGUCUCGCCGCCGCUGGUACGAAGCCGAAUGGUAUCCCCACUGCCGUCAUUGUACUGCCCGUGCAGCAGCUGGUUCAUCAAUCAGAGAAGGAAUUCCUCCGCUAUAAUGCGUACGGAGCUACAAUCUUCUCAAUGUCCGGCUCUGACGACUUAUUGUCAGAGCGUAAAAGCUAUUUGGGAACUCGCAAACAGCGUCGACUGGUCAAUCAUCUCCUCGACUCCACGUUCGGAAAAUUGGAUUUGACGAAAUUGCGGUUUUUGAUUUGUGACGAGGCUGAUCGUAUGGGCAAUUUUUUCCAUCUGGAAUGGCUGGACACUUUGGAGAGAGCGAUCCAUGGCGCAUCGGGUAUCGGUCGCGCUCUUUCCCUAUCGCAUGUGCUGAAAUCGCGCAGUUUUCCCCGGAAAAUCCUUCUUUCGGCUACUCUAUCGAGAGACGUUGAAUAUCUGAACCUAUGGAACCUUUAUUGUCCGCAGUUCUUCACUGCCUCCUCAUCGCAUGUGGAAAACAUUACGCCAGCGAUGAACACAGAGAUGGUGGCCAGCGUGUCGUUACCGGAUACCCUAACACAUGAAGUGUGCUGCGGCUUCCUGAAAUAUCACCCGCUGCUAGUUUAUCAGAAAUUAGUAGAAAACGAUUGGAAACGUGUGCUAAUCUUCACAAACCGAAAAGACUCUUCAAACCGUUUGGCCCAUGUGCUUUCUACAAUGGCUGGCUCUUCAUUUGUGGUAGAGCAGCUCACAGCUGAUUUGUUUGGUAAUCGGCGCAAGAAGGUGUUGAAUCGAUUCAUCAAGGGACAGACGCGAGUACUCGUCUCCUCUGAUGUUCUUUCACGUGGUAUCGACAUCCCGGAGAUUGAGGCUGUCGUUAAUUAUGAUUUGCCAACGGAUAUCCGGCUGUUUUUGCACAGGUCUGGUCGCACGGCGCGAGCUGGAUCGAGUGGAGUCGUGUUGUCGAUAAUUGAAAGCAAGCAGCUCAGAGAUUUUGAGUUCUUCUUAACGAAAAAUGGCCUGCGAGACCACAAAGUGGCCACUUUCGCUGAUGCCGGUUUUGAGGAGAACAAGGAGCGGAUUGCGGCAUAUAGAAAUGCACUCGGAUCGCUAAAGGAGAAGUACAUCCUCCACAAGAAAUACUGCGUCCGGGCGAUCGACUUCCGUCCCACGCUGAACAUCUACUACAAUGAACGGAUCCGCCAUCCCCAUAUCGGCCGAAACAAGACCGUGUCCAGCCUGGCGAGCUGUGGAUUGGGUGGCUUUUGCGAGGAGAUGGCUAAACGAUUCAACUCGCGCACCGGAGACUUGUGCGCCUACAUGCCAGAGCUGCAGAGCUACGUCUGUUGUUGCCAGCAGGACUACUGCAAUCAUGAGCUAGGGAUAUCUGCCGAUAUCUUCCGUGACGUGCUGACGUGGGAGCAUCAUGGCUUGACGGAUAAUCAUUGCGAACCGCUGGAUAGAAUGGUUGAUGGUGCGUUGCAAUUCGACGUCGAGACGAGUAACGAGACUGUUUGCGAGUACAUGUCCCGUUGCUGCACCAUCCAAUUUUUCCACGAAAACGGCGACAAGAAAGCGGCGAUUCGGCGCUGUUUGCGACCGGAUAUGGUGUCGCAGCUCAAGUCGCUUUCGUGGGAUCUGAGGGGUGCGCGGAGGACGGUUGUGCAUUGUAUGCAGGACAUGCGUCUGGCGCUGCCCACCGGCUUCUAUGAUCGCUAUCACUACGACGUCGGGAAACCGUACGGCGGCUACACCCCCGUGGUCCCCUACAGGCCCGUGGCCGCGGCUUCGCAGAAGGAUGAGAGCUGGACAUAUACCGAGAAGUUAGCCGCAUCUUCUGAGCAACGCCGUGAAAUUCGCGUGCGAGCGGCCAUCGUUUGCGUGGUGCUAAUUGUCUUGGGGACGACGUUUGCCGCCCGACAAUACCGAGAUGCCAACGAGGAUGAAGCCGACUUCGCUCGCCGCAUGGAGAAUAUUUUCGACUAUUACACGUGCAUGGGCGGAGCGGCGCCUGGCUCGGCUGCUGAACCUACUCGAGACGAUCCCGUUGAUCUUCCUCCAUCAGCCAGCUCUGUUCGACCAGCUGCUGCUACUCCUGGAUCGAAA